AUAAAAUAAUUAUAUGGGAAAAAAUAAAUAAAGAUAUAUUAUUUUGAUAAAUGUACAAUUUUUUAUGAUAAAAAUUCCUAACAGAAAUACUAAGGAGAAUAACAGAAAUAUCAAAAUAAAGAGGGUAGCUACAAUCUAUAAAAUUGAUUUACAUUAGUUUGAUCAGAUAUAUUUCAGUCCAAAGUUUGGACCCCUAAAAGUUAAUAUUACUUUUCGAGUAAUCGCGUUUUUCUGGGAACUUUAGUGAAUUGAAAAGUUUUUGCACACAAUCGUAAAAUUCGUCUAUGUUAAGAUAAUUUCAUGCGGAAUAUAAUUUUAACAAUUAUUCAUUAUUUUAUUUAAUAAUAAUGGAAAAGAUUUCGAAUAUUAAGGUACACAAUUUUUUAUAUCAUUUUAAAGAAUGUGGCAGCAUUCUUUGCUUGCUAAAUAUAAAACAUGGCAAAAUAGUAAAUAAGGGGGGGGAUUAUAAUAAAUCUCAAAAUUAGGACGAAAUCAAUCAAAUAUUUUCUGAGAAAUUAAAUUUUUUUCAUCGCGCACAUACACGUUAAAUUCUGCAUUUUAACAUAUGAUAUACAUGAAAAUAAUAAGUUGCUUUUUAGUUAAUAUAAAAAACAAUACUUACAGCCAAACUGAAGAAAUUUUGCUGGAUAUAUGUCGUCACCAUAUUUAGCCUCGAUUUCUCGAUUUGUAUCCCAACAUGCUAAAUUUAUAUCAUUAGCAAAGUAAUGGGAUGUUGUGGUGGUCAAUGCAUCCUUUAGGCGUAGAACGCUGAAAUUGUUUUCCUCAUGAAAAUUAACAAGCUCAAAUAAAUUUGCUUGAUUCAUAUUUGUAAAGUAGAUGAUUAAACAAUAGUAAAAAAAGAAAGAAAACAAUAUUAGGAGAAUUUAAUCAAACCGAAUAAUAUGCGAAAAUACAAAGCAAGAGCAAGGAUUGAAAUCAGUCGGAGCUUAUAUACUACUUAUCGUAGCUGCCAGAUGUCGAAAGUAAAUUUUAUUUGACAAAUUAUGAGUUUUAACAGAUCCCAGAAUGAGAGCAAUUCCUAGAAGAACUAUCUACAGACGUCGAAUACAAGAAAAUUCUGUGAAAGAGAAUGAUGCAAUAUCUGAAAUUGUGUACCCAGUUGAUUCCAGGGAGAUUACUGAUUCUAUGAUGGAUAGCGUGACUAGUGAUUCCUGUGAAUCUAUGGAUUUCGAAAAUCUGUCAGAAGAUGAAGUCUGUUCCGCAACAAAGAUGACUGAGGAAGUUAAUGAUCCACUUCAUUUUGAGAAUAAUUUUGGUGUGGAAGAUCCUUUUUCUCCUCUGUAUAAAUCAGCCGAUAUUUCAAAUUAUGAAGCAUUUUUAAGCAUUUUGUCAUUUUGUGUACGGUUCCAUUUAUCUGGUGUAUGUGUUGAAGAAUUACUCCGGUUGUUGAAACUUUUAUUACCACCAUGUUCUAUUCCAGGUACCAAGUACCUGUUAAACAAAGCAAUAAAAUCGUCAACAGGUGACAAAUCUUACAAAAUUCACCUUUAUUGUGCCAAUUGUAAUAAUUAUAUUUCAGAAAUGGAGAAAAGUAAUGAAGAAGUUUUGUGCACUCUUUGUGAGAAAAGAAAUUAUCAUCUGAGCUCUUAGAUGAAGGGAAGUUCUUUAUUUAUAUACCUUUAGAGGAUCAACUGAGAAAAAAACUUGAAAAGCAGACUCUCUUUGCUGAUAUAGAGAACUAUCGUGCUCACUGUAUUAAUCGAGACGGUUAUUAUAAGGAUAUUAUUAGUGGUGAUAAAUACUUAAUGUCUGAAAUGACAAGCAAUUUAACUCUACAGUACAAUGUGGAUGGUAUUCCAAUGUACCACAAAGCAAAGUAUAACCUUUGGCCUAUCCAUUGUAUGAUCAAUGAGUUACCUCCUUCAAAACGUAAGGAAAAUAUAAUGAUGUGUGGCCUAUGGUUUGGUUCAAGCAAACCUGUUUUUAAAACCUAUUUAAAGCCUUUUGUUGAAGAACUUAAAGUUUUAUGUGAAAAAGGACUGUCGUGGAAAAAUAAUGGUAAGAUAUUUUCUUCAAGAGUGAUUCCAAUUUUAUGCACUGCAGAUGCUCCUGCACGUGCCAUGCUGCAAAAUUUCAACCAGUACAAUGGAAAAUUCAGUUGUGGAUUUUGUGAAAAUGAGGGAGAGAGAAUAGAAAGAGGGCGGGGUCACAGCAGAGUUUAUAAAGUUUCAAACCCUCUUCCUGCAAAACGGACAUUUGGCACAUCUGUUGAGUAUGCAGAAAUUGCAGUAAAUAUGGAUAAACCGGUAAAAGGUGUGAAGGGUUCUUCCCUUUUAAUGAAACUGUAUCCUUAUUUUGACAUGGUUGAGGGGUUUGUCCCCGACUAUAUGCAUUCUGUUUUGUUAGGCGUUACAAGACAGUUUGUUAAUUUACGGUUGUCAACAUCUGAUGAAGCUUAUUGUCUGAAGAAGAGAGAUGUUUCCGAAGUAAAUGAUAGAAUAAAUAAUUUGAAAGAGCCCAGUGAAGUCACAAGAAAACUCCAUUCCUUCGGAGAUGUUAUCCAUUGGAAAGCAUCAGAGUGGAGAAUAUUUUUGCUCACUUCACCUGUGCUGUUAUUAAAUGUUCUGAAUCCAACAACGUAUAAUCAUUGGAUAUUACUUGUGCAUGCUAUAACUAUUCUUCUAGGCACAAAUAUAAAGUCUAGUGAUUUGCAGACAGCUGAAUCUGCCAUUCAGAAAUUUGUGACAGGUGUGACAGAAAUUUAUGGUGAAGGGGAACUAACGUAUAAUGUUCAUUUAUUGUUACAUCUUCCUGACAAAGUGAAAUCGUGGGGUCCCUUAUGUGCAUCUUCCUGUUUUGCAUAUGAGGAUGCUCUAGGGAAAUUAAAAAAUUUCCAUCAGGGUACAAAAGGAGUUCCCAUGCAAAUUUUAUUUGCUUAUUUGAAAAAAAACAUUGCUUCAAACAUUAGUGUUAGAAGACAUUAGGAAUGAAAGAGUACGAAAAUUCAUUGAAGACAUGAAGCGUGGUAAGAAGGAAACAAAAAAGACCCUCGUAGUAAAAGACGUUGUACUUUUUGGAUCUGGCACAAGUGAAAAAUUACCUAAAAUUCAAAAAGAAGCUCUUGAAAAUAUUUUAAAUACACCAUUAGAUAACAGUAAAGUCCUUACAUUUAAAAGAGCAAUGCAUAAAAAAAUAUUAUUUUCUACUGAGGAAUAUUCUCAACAAUUUAACCGUAUAGAUUCUAUUAUUUCCAUUCUUACUUCAAAGAUAUAUUUUGUUAAAAUAUUCAAAAUAAUUGUUUGCUGUGAUAAAGCGAUUUUUCUUGGGAAAAAAUUGAAAACCAGGAAAUUUUAUAAAAAUGAUGCUGAUGUUUGUAAUCUUUGUUCAGAUAUUUUAUGUGUUAAAAAUGAUAGUCAUGAAAAUAGAUACAACGAAUCCAUAAUUGCAUUUACAGCAGACUCUAUUUUGCAAAAAUAUACUCAGGUAAAACUCGAAAAUGUUUACUAUCUUGUACCAUUAUUAAUUCAUGCUGAAGAAUAACUUCUGUCUAAUUCUUCCACAAAUACCACUGUUUUUCGAUUAGCUCUUUCAAUGCAAGAAAUUUAAAUUGCACAUUUAAGUACUUACUUUAUGACACCCUUGAUUAAUGUUAAAUUUACGUUGCAUUUUGAUAGUUUUUUUUUUUUUUGGUAGUUAUUGCUGUUAAUUUUUAUAUUUUCUUUUUUUU